CUCACCUCCGUGUCUCGUCCACCUCACAGCGGGGCUGUUGUGUUUAUCAGGGGGGGGAAUACACAUAACUUUACUCAUCAAUCAUUUAUUGUUUUUGUUUACAGACACAGUUUAACGUAAACUCAUCCUCGUGGGAGACACAAUGUCAGAUUUCGACAACAACCCGUUCGCGGAGUCGGAGAUCAACAACCCGUUCCAGGAUCCAUCAGUGACACAAGUACGACAGGCUGCUCCUCCAGGGCUGGAGGAGUACAAUCCCUUCACAGAUGCCAAACCAGCGCCUCCGGGUUUGGCGCCCAAAGCCGCGGCCCCCACCAUCAACACACAACCCGCCAUCAUGAAACCCACGGAGGAGCCUCCAGCCUACUCACAGUCCCGGGCGCAGGAUCAGUCGGGAGCAGCUGCUGAGCUGUUGAGGAGACAGGAGGAGCUGGAGAAGAAGGCUGCUGAGCUGGACCGCCGGGAGAGAGAAAUGCAGUCACUCAGCGCUUCAGGAGGCAAGAAAAACAACUGGCCCCCCCUCCCGGAGAAGUUCCCCGUGGGCCCCUGUUUCUAUCAUGACAUCACAGUGGACAUCCCUGUAGAGUUUCAGAAGACGGUCAAGAUCAUGUACUACCUCUGGAUGUAUCACACUGGGACGCUGCUGGCCAACAUGGUGGGCUGCCUGGCCUGGUUCUGUGUGGACACGUCGCGUGGCGUGGACUUCGGUUUGUCCAUCCUCUGGUUCAUUCUCUUCACACCUUGUUCUUUCGUCUGCUGGUACAGACCGCUCUAUGGAGCCUUCAGGAGUGACAGCUCUUUUAGGUUUUUUGCUUUCUUCUUCGUGUACAUCUGUCAGUUUGGCAUCUACGUGCUCCAGUGUAUCGGCAUCACUAGUUGGGGCGCCAGCGGGUGGAUCUCAGCUUUGACCGGCCUGAAUCGCAGCAUCCCGGUGGGCAUCAUCAUGAUCCUCAUCGCCGCCCUCUUCACCUCUCAGGCCGUCCUGUCACUCAUCAUGUUCAAAAAGGUCCACGGGAUGUACCGGACCACCGACGCCAGCUUUGCGAAGGCCCAGCAGGAGUUCGCCACGGGCGUCAUGUCCAACAAGACGGUCCAGACGGCCGCCGCCACCGCCGCCUCCAGGGCUGCACAGGGAGGCUUCAAGGAGCAGAUCUGAUUGGCUCAGAGGGCUUGCUCGUUUCUCCGUCCAACCCUCCCUCCUCCCGCCUCCUCCUCCUCCUCUGCUCACACCCAGCUUCCACUUGAGCCAACUGCCCUGUUUGAACACAUGGAGAGCCCCCCCUCCCCUCCCUCUCAGCCUUCUGACAAUAUCAAAGCGGUUCCCGUGACGGUUGGCCGUGAUCUCAGUCCGCCGCUAACGGGAUUCAAACAGGACCGACGGCUCUCAUCACCCACGAUGCACUCCUGCCACUCGACCAGCGUGCUCUACUUAAUUUCUGUGUGUGUGUGUGUGUGUGUGUGUGUGUGUGUGUGUGUGUGUUUGUGUGUUUGUGUGUGUGUGUGUGGCUAACUAACUGAAUGUUUGUGUGCCUCUAUAAAUGUCGGGUCCGUCCUCUGUAAACGGAUUCUAAUGUGAGUCCGGCUUACUAUCAUCACCUGGGCAUUUCCCACGAAAAAAUCCUCCCCAGCAUCAUUGGCUUCCUGUGUGUCUAAGCCCCUCCCCUUCUGACAUAAUAACGACUUCCUAUUUUUAGAUUAAUUUAUUGCCGGAUAAAUGGAGGUGACGUAGUCGUCCGUUAAUGCACACAGCGGCGUAUUCUCUCAAUUAGUUUUUUUGCUGCUUUCCAUGAGUUCAUCAGUAAACACUGCUGCCCCCGGUGGAGUGACCAUGUAUUGCUGAAGAUGAAUGCUGUGCAUUCCAGUUCACCCACUGCCUUUGCCUUCUACUUUUCUGCUUUCCUCAAAAUGUGGGUUUUUAGAAAGUGUGUAGUCUUACUUACUUAAAGUGAUGCUUCACCCAAAAUCUGUUAAUUAUGAAACACAUCUUUAUCCUCUGAAACGUAUUCAGGUUGUUCCUGCACAGAAAGUCAACUUACAGUGAUGCACCACGUUGGUUCAGACUGAAACAUCUGAACACAUAUUGGGUUCAUUGUAGUGACAUUUUGUGCAUGUAUUCAUGCUCCCCAGAGGAUGAAUCCUGCUGACUUUGGUGAUCCCCUUCCUCACAACUAUUAGAUGUGAAGAAGACGUCAUUAGCGUGUUAGAUGGUGAUAACCGUAAACAUUCUACCUGCUUAGCAAUAGCAUGUUAGCAUCGUUGCUGUGAGCAUGUCUGCACGCUGACGUUAGCAUUGAGCUCAGAGCACCGCUAGCAUGGCUGUAGAGUAAUUCAUUGAUUGUCAAAUUAACUCCCCGACCAUUAACUGUAGACGUAGCGACAUUUUAACUACAAGAGAUAAUUAUGGAUUUUUGGGUGAACGAUCACUUUAAAGUUUGUUUGAGUGUUUAUCUUUUGCCCAUAUAUCGGUCUACAUAUCCGUUGUGAAGUUAUGCCAAGUUGCACUUUAAAUAUUUGUCUGCACAUUGUUACCUGUGCAAAUGGAAGGAUAUUUCCCGCUCAUUAGUGUCCAUAUUUUAAUUCAUGUAAUGUUCCCCAGCUGAGUUCAGCAUCUCAUGAAGUCUACCUUUUUCCUGUCGUCUCCUGAGGAGUAAAUCAAUUAUGAUCAGCUGUUCUGUACAUACAGAUGCAUGUUUAUACAGCUUUUUUUCUGAAGAGGAAAGUGUAACUCGUCUCCAGCUUUUUCUCGUGCUGCCGGAGGCUUACCUCAGUUUUACUCAGGAUGUUCUCUUCACCUGCAUGACGAGGUUAAAAGAUGAAAACUGGACCCUUAAUUGGCCCAAACUGUUUUUAAACACGUCUGCUUUAAAUCUAUAUAAAGAUGACAAAAGAAUGGGGUCAGUAAUGUUGACGUGAUGUUCUGAUAACUGCUUUGCAUAUUCAUAAUUUGACAAUUUGUGGAUUGACGAUCUCUGAACUCCAGCAAUCAAAUGCAUCAAAUCUUUUAAGGUAUGUUUCAUUUCCAGUGUGUGGUCAUAAAAAGUGCAUUUUACCUGCUAAUCUAUCUCUGAAUGUGUCUGUUUUUCUCCGUUCUUUAUGUCUGCAGAGUCUGACAGUCUGCACAGUCUGAGUGCGUGUGAUCUCGUCUGUCUGUUGUGUCUCAUGUUUGAAGCCAGUUCAGCCUUUUGUAUGUAUUUGAUGUGGGGGAGUGUAAAUAGAGGGGGUUUGGGCCUUUAAGUCUUAAUCUGUGAUCAGGGCAGAGUCCGGCUGUGGGUCUGGGAUCCUUCUUGACUUCCUGGAGACUUAAUUAUUAUUAUUUUUUUAAAGCUUCCUGCAACAUGCCUUGUUUUGCUCUCUUCCCACUUCUCCUGUUUUUUGUAUUUCACACUGGAUUAAUCUGACCCGGUGCAUGUGUAUUCACAAGUACACUUCUGUACAAAAACAACAAGAGAUUAUUCCUUCAAAAGAAUCAAACCGAGUGACACUUACAGUAUUUAGCUGUUAUUUUUCUGACUUGCUUAAAAUAAAUGAAUCAUGUUAAAUGUGAGGAGAAAAAGGCGUUAGAUUGCAAUGCACCGUGAGCUGUGUGAUGUGCUGUAGAUGGGCUGUGGCUUUCAGCUGUGCUUCAUGAUCAACAUGGUUAAUGGUAGAAAAACACUGACAAUUAAUUCAUGAGCAUCUCUAAACUAUUAAAAUGUUAAUUAAAUUAUUGAAAAAACUGAAAUAGUAAGGGAUGUUUGUAUAUUUUGUACAAUUCAAAGACGGUCGGCUAUUCGCUCUUAAAUUGGUGUGAUUUAAAGAUGAACUCUGGUUUGACCUCUCAGUCGCAUGUUGAGUAGUUUUGAGUUUUGUAUAUUUAUUGUAUUAACACUGAAUAAAAUUCUUCUUCUGUA